AUGAAGUUCAACAGCAAAUGCUGGUUUACAGGAACUUCUUACUGCGUAUACAUAUUAGCUACAAGUGAAUUCAAAAUAGAGCUUCUUGCUGUAGUACCAUAUCUUUCAAUUACUGAAGCUCUUGAUGCAGCUAAAGAUAUUUUUGCGGAAAAUGCAAAACGAUUUUACAAGAUUAAUGUUGCUGUAAAAUCUUUUGAUUCAAAAAACGUCAUAUCUCCCAAUUUUGUGAAGAUAGAGACUAACACCCCGCAAAGAGAUGUCGUGCUUGUUCGCCUUGUUUGGGUUGAUGCUUCUGGACAGCACAGGUGCCGUGUUAUUCCAGAAAAACGCUUCAAAGAUUCCGUUAAGAAAAAUGGUGUUGGUUUAACUGUAGCUUGUAUGGCAAUGAGUUCAGCAACUGAUGGUCCUGCUGUUGGGACUAAUCUGAGUGCAGUGGGUGAGAUCAGACUGAUACCUGAUUUAUCAACCAAAUGCAGAAUUCCAUGGGCAACACAAGAGGAAAUGGUUUUGGCUGAUAUGUAUCUUAAACCUGGCGAAGCAUGGGAAUAUUGCCCAAAAGAAGCUUUACGCAGAGUUUCCAAAGUUUUGAAAGAUGAAUUUAACUUGGUAAUGAACGCAGGAUUUGAAAUUGAGUUUUUCCUCUUAAAGAGUGUGCUAAGGGAGGGGAAAGAGGAAUGGGUACCUUUUGACACUACACCAUACUGCUCUACGUCCUCAUUUGAUGCUGCUUCUCCUUUACUUCAUGAAGUUGUAGCUGCUCUCGAGUCCUUGAAUAUUACAGUGGAACAGCUACAUGCAGAAUCAGGGAAAGGUCAGUUUGAAUUGGCACUGGGGUACACAGAGUGUACUGUUGCUGCUAACAACUUGAUAUUCACGCGCGAAGUUAUCAGGGCUGUUGCAAGGAAAUAUGGAUUGUUGGCUACUUUUGUGCCAAAGUAG